CAGCAGCAGCGACGGGGUACGGCCAGGGUUGCCUGCACUUGAGCGUAAAGCGGUGUGGGAGGAGGAAGGAUGGAUGUGUUUGAGUGCAUCUAGCCUUUUCUCCUCACACGUUCUGCUGUGCGCACUGACUGAAGACAAGGCGCGGGAGAAGUCCACCUCUCCAUGUGACGUUCAGCCCGACGGUGAAGGCGCCGCAGUGAUCCCAGAUACUUUCCCCCCCGCAUUGUUAAGAAAAAAGAGAUAAUUUACGUUGCAUGGACGAUUAACCAGCUUCAACAUUUGUGAAGUGGCUUCCUCUCCAGCUCGGACCGGAGGCCGACUGGUCUCCGAUCUGGUCUCUGGAGUCUCCGGAGACUCGACCCGCUCCGUCAGGGCCAGGCUGUGCGGCUCCCGGAUCCGACCGGAGCCACCUCGAGCACUGGCAAUGGAGAUGAUGGAGGGAGACGUUAUGGACAAACUGGAGGACAUGUCAUCGGUGUACGACUUCGACCCGAUCACCGGCAACAUCCCCGCCACCAAAGUAGAAAUCACCGUCUCCUGCAGAAACCUUCUGGAUAAAGACACAUUCUCAAAGUCAGAUCCAUUAUGCGUGCUUUAUACUCAAGGUGUUGAAACCAAACAGUGGAGAGAGUUUGGAAGAACAGAAGUCAUAGACAACACCCUAAACCCAGACUUUGUUCGAAAGUACAUCCUAGACUACUUCUUUGAGGAGAAGCAGAAUCUUCGCUUUGACUUGUAUGAUGUUGACUCCAAAAGCCCCGAUCUGUCCAAACACCCCGCAGAACUCAACGACUUUUUGGGUCAGACGUUUUGUACUCUGGGGGAGAUUGUUGGAUCACCUGCCAGUCGACUGGAGAAACCACUGGGAGGAAUCCAUGGGAAGAAAUGCGGCACUGUCGUCCUAUCCGCGGAGGAGUUGAGCAAUUGUCGAGACAGCGCCACAAUGCAGUUCUGUGCCAACAAGCUGGACAAGAAGGACUUCUUCGGCAAGUCGGACCCUUUCAUGGUCUUCUACAGAAGCAAUGAGGACGGAACGUUUACUAUCUGCCAUAAAACAGAGGUGGUGAAGAACACAUUAAACCCAGUGUGGCAGCCUUUCACCAUUCCAGUACGAGCGCUCUGCAACGGGGACUACGACAGAACCAUCAAGGUGGAAGUAUACGAUUGGGAUAGGGAUGGCAGCCAUGAUUUCAUUGGGGAUUAUACAACGAGCUAUCGGGAGCUAGCUCGAGGGCAGAGCCAGUUUAAUGUCUACGAGGUGAUUAAUACCAAGAAGAAAAUGAAGAAAAAGAAAUAUGUCAACUCUGGGACAGUGACCCUGCUCUCGUUUUCAGUGGAGUCAGAUUUCACUUUCUUAGAUUACAUCAAAGGAGGAACGCAGAUCAAUUUCACUGUGGCCAUCGAUUUCACAGCAUCCAAUGGGAACCCGUCCCAAUCCACUUCACUGCACUACAUGAACCCCUACCAGCUGAACGCCUACGCCAUGGCCCUGAAGGCUGUGGGGGAGAUCAUUCAGGACUACGACAGUGACAAGAUGUUCCCCGCUUUGGGCUUUGGAGCCAAACUGCCCCCUGAUGGACGGGUUUCACAUGAGUUUCCCCUGAAUGGAGACAUGGACAAUCCGUACUGCAACGGCAUUGAGGGUAUCCUAGAGGCUUAUCACCAGAGUCUGAAGACAGUGCAGCUCUACGGCCCAACCAACUUUGCUCCUGUGGUGAAUCAUGUUGCCCGGUAUGCAGCUGCAGUGCAGGACGGCUCUCAGUAUUUUGUGCUCCUCAUCAUCACAGAUGGCGUCAUUUCCGACAUGGCCCAGACCAAAGAGGCCAUAGUAAAUGGUGCCAAGCUUCCUAUGUCCAUCAUCAUAGUUGGAGUGGGUCAGGCUGAGUUUGAUGCUAUGGUGGAGCUGGAUGGUGAUGACAUCAGGAUCUCAUCGCGGGGGAAACUGGCAGAGAGAGACAUUGUUCAGUUUGUUCCCUUCAGAGAUUACAUGGACCGGACAGGCAACCACGUGCUGAGCAUGGCUCGGCUGGCGAAAGAUGUGCUAGCAGAGAUCCCAGACCAGUUCAUCUCUUACAUGAAGAGCCGGGGUAUCAAACCCAACCCAGCGCCACCCCCCUACACACCGCCCGGACACACACACCACCACACGCAGAUCUGAAGCCCUCCUCUUGGCUUUUCACUUAGGACUGACAGCAUGCAGCGGCCACUCAAAGUCCAACGGGAGCUCACUAGCUCCUGUUUUGAGCUGACACACUAGGAAAUGGGUGUUGAAUUCUGUGCCGUAUCUCCCCAGUGACUAUUGCAGCAGCUUUGUGGGGGGCGG